GCUCUCCAGAUCGCGAGCGCGAGCGGUUCUCCACUCUCGCGUGCCUGUGCCUCGGCAGCCGCGUCUUUUUUUCAUGCUGCUUACAGCUCGAGCUGCGAGGGAAAUCCGGCACCGCUGCAGCUGAAACAGGAGGCAGCCUCGCGCACUUCGCGGACAAGGAUGUUGGGGGAGUGGCGUGUGGCUGGGCUGCAGGCUCUCUUGACUGUGUGCUUGCUCCUUUUUCUAGAACAUGACACCGUAUGGGGUGACACUGUAGUCAACAUGAGGAAGGUGACCCACCGCGCGGUCCAGGUGCCACUGUCUGGCAUGGCCCUGCUGCCCUGUGUCUUCACCCUGCGCCCCAGCCCCUCUCAUGACGCACCCCGCAUCAAGUGGACCAAAGUGUGGGGCCAGCGUGGGCUGGACGGCCUGCAAAGGGAGCAGUCUAUACUGGUGGCUAAAGGCAAUGUGGUGAAGGUGAAGAAGGCCUUCCAGGGUCGCGUGACCCUGCCUGGUUACUCGGACAACCGCUACAACGCCAGCCUAGCGUUGACGGGCCUGAGAUCCAGUGAUUCGGGCAUGUACCGCUGCGAGGUGGUGGUGGGCAUUAACGACGAACAAGACACGGUGCCACUCCAGGUCACAGGAGUGGUCUUCCACUACCGUGCCCCGCAUGACCGCUACGCCCUCUCCUUCCCUGAGGCUAAGCGGGUAUGUGUGGAGAAUUCUGCUGUGAUCGCCACGCCUGGCCAGCUGCAGGCCACCUUCGAUGAUGGCUAUGACAACUGUGAUGCUGGCUGGCUCUCUGACCAGACCGUGAGGUAUCCGAUCCAGUCUCCCCGGCCUGGCUGCUAUGGUGACCGGGAAGAUUCACCUGGCGUGAGAAAUUAUGGCAGUCGUGCACCCGAUGAGCUGUUCGAUGUCUAUUGCUUUGCAGAGAGCCUGCAAGGUGAGGUGUUCUACACCAACGUGCCAGAGAAGCUGAGUCUGGCCACAGCCUCCACUCACUGCCACACACUGGGUGCUCAGCUGGCCACGGUGGGGCAGCUCUUCCUGGCCUGGCAGGCCGGCUUGGACCGCUGUGACCCAGGCUGGCUGGCUGAUGGAAGCGUGCGCUACCCCAUCAAUCAGCCGCGGCGCAAUUGUGGUGGGGACGAGCCAGGGGUCCGUACACUCUACCACAACCCAAACCGAACUGGCUUCCCUGAGACCACCAACUUGUUUGAUGCCUACUGCUACCAAGAGACAGAAGCUAAAGCACUUCUACAGACUUCAGAUGCCUUCAGCUCAAACUCCACAGAUGACUGGGAGCAGCUCCAGCAAAACGGAGCCUUCCCUCAGCCCUCCACCUGGACCGGCCUGGUAGACCUGGAUAAGGAAGAGUUCAACUCCAUCGCAGACAACGAUUCCUCUGAGAUCUCAGAGGAACAUGUAGUAAUCCAUCUCCAGCCUGGAGAGAGGUCAGUGCACUGGGGAGAGGAUGCCACCAAAGAUGGAUCUCCUCCCGCUCUGGAGAACCAGGUGGACCUCCAAGGAGGCUCAGCCAGAGAGGAGCACGAUGAGAGAGAAGCGACUGAGGGUCACAGCCUGUCCCCUGACCCCUCCUUGACCACACCAUCCUCAUCCACACAAGCUCAGACCAGCAACAGUGUCCUAUACAACUUUGUCAACUCCAUCAUGAAGCCCUUGAGAUAUUGGACAGGGAAUGGGGAGACGGAGGCCUCCUCAACAGAGUCAAGCCUGGUGAAGGAGACAUCAGAAGUGGUUAAGCCAGCCAGGAUGAAGCCCAGUGGUGGACUUACAGAAAGCAAAGGAAGCACUGAUAACUCUAUCUUGGAGCCUAAGCAGGCAGAACCUUCAACGAACUCCUCCACAUUAAGUUCAGAGGAAGGGCUUUUGGAGCAGGAGAAAGAGGUGGUUCUGACCGUCCCUGGACAUGACCUGAAGAAUCAAAGCAAAGCCCAGACAGAGCCUUCAAUUUCACAAGCAGUGCCAUUUAACGGAGUAAUUGCGUCAGAACUGAUGGAAGCCGCGAAUCCCACAGCUGCCGCCAGUCCCUUGGGUUCUGUAAGCAGUUUUGGCUCUGUGCCAGUACUGAACAGCCAGCAGGGAUGGGCCCUGAAGUCUCUAAAAGGACAUGGACCCUCAGGCAAUAGUGGACUCCUCAUGGCCCAGACCAGUGGACCAAUGGAGGCCAAAAGAGGGGCACUGGAGAUCAUGGCAAUCCCAGUCUCCCAGGAUAACCAUGAGAACUUCUCUGGGGAAGGGAGGGAUCUGAUUGAAGAGAGUUAUCCACUCCCUGAGGGUCCUCCCUCACAGACCUCUCCACAAAGUCAGAACACAGAGGAGGAGAAAGAUACUGAUGGAAGUGGAGGGAAGGACUUGUUUAACACUAGCCAAAUAAAAGAUUCCCUUCCUUCCGAAGACCAGUCUGUGAUUCUGCGAACUACAGUCCAAUGGAAGCUUGUGGACCCAUCAGCUGGGCCAACUGGGAUGCCACCUAGUGGUGCCAGCAUUUCUGGUCCCAAGCAGAAUGACUCGGACAGCACGGCUGCUGAGGAGGCUAGGGGAGAGAUCCUCUAUAUGCGUCGUCCAACAGAAAUAACCAGAAAUGAUCCUUUUAACAAGGUCAGGGUACCUUUGGUAAAAAGGAAGCAGAACUUGAAUGCACUUGUCACUUCUGAAACCCAACCUCCUUUUGCUGCCACUACCCUGGAACUUUCCCCAGAAGCAACACGUGCUACAGAUGUAAGUAGCAGUGUGACUAUGACAACAAUUAACAACCAGAUUCCAACUACAGAUGCCACCACCACUCGAGAUUUUGCAUCCACCACAGAUCCCAUCAUGUUUACUUGGCUACCAGUGGUUCAAGAAGAGACUCAUGACCUGCAGACACAUUUGCCAACCACAACUGUGACUGUUGUAGGAUUUGAGACUAUGAGUACUACACUUCAGCUGACCACACCAGAUGCCAAGGAAACCUCCCAGCCAGCAGAGUCCAGAUCAGGGGUUUCAGAGUCAUUUGUGGUAGAUCAUGGCUGGACAACACCUGGACAGGACUCUUUGCCUGCCGAGAGCCAGCCAUCUACUACUACAGGGAAAGUAAGUGGAGAUAACUCAAGCGAAGCUGUGGUUGACUUCGGAAGCACCCCUACAGUGGCUUUAGUGGAGAAGGACCCUUGCCAGUUGAAUCCCUGUCUGCAUGGCGGAAGCUGCCUGAGGGACAGUGAUGGCUACAGCUGCCUUUGCCCUCAAGGCUAUUCUGGAGAGAGCUGUGAGAUUGAUAUUGAUGAUUGUCAGUCAAGUCCGUGUCAGAAUGGAGGAACCUGCAUUGAUGAGAUCAACUCCUUUGUGUGCCUGUGUUUGCCAAGCUAUGGAGGAGCCAUGUGUGAAAAAGACACUGAAGGCUGUGAUCAUACCUGGAGGAAGUUUCACGGUCACUGCUACAGGUAUUUCACCCACAGACGCACCUGGGAGGAUGCAGAGAAAGACUGCAGAGAGCACAACGGUCAUCUGGCCAGCAUACACACCAACGAAGAGCAGGACUUCAUCAACAGUAUGAGCCAUGAGAACACUUGGAUUGGUCUGAAUGACAGGACAGUAGAAGAGGACUUCCAGUGGACUGAUAACAUGGAUCUGCAAUAUGAGAACUGGAGGGAGAACCAGCCGGAUAAUUUCUUUGCGGGCGGAGAGGACUGCGUGGUGAUGAUCGCCCAUGAGAAUGGCAAAUGGAACGACGUGCCCUGCAACUACAACCUGCCCUACAUCUGCAAGAAAGGCACAGUGCUGUGCGGUAACCCUCCUCUGGUGGACAACGCCUUCCUGAUUGGCCGCAAGCGUUCUCACUAUGACAUCCACUCUGUGGUGCGCUAUCAAUGUGCGGACGGCUUCCUCCAGCGCCACAUCCCCACUGCCAAGUGCCGCGCCAACGGCAAAUGGGACCACCCCAAAAUCAUCUGCACGAGGCCUCGGAGAUCCCAUCGCUACCGGCGCCACCAUCACAAGUCUCACCACGAGCGCAGAAAGCACAAGAAGCACGGUUCAGGGGGUCAUCGGGGUGGACAGGAGGGUCAUGGCCAUUUCUAACCAAAAACAAACCCCCUUGCCUCUAUCUCCAAAUGAAGUUCUCUUUGCUCCUUCUUCAUUUGAAGCAUUUUGUUCCCUUCACCCUGCAUCUGCCUCUUCCCACCACCCUGUGAUCAAAAGGGCACUGCUAGACCCCCACACGGACUAUAACGGUUUCCAUUCUUUUGUCAAGUUCGCUUUGUUAACCUGUUCAUUUCUUGGCCUGCUCCAUAUCAUUUUAGUGUAUCUACCAUGAGCCUAGUUAAGGGAGUCUGUUCAUAACGUCACUGUUGAAAACACUCUCUGCUCAUGUACAGUACUUUUACAUAAACAGUUACGGAGGAGGUGGUUUGGUACAAAAGUGUAAAUAAGCACUUAAUUUCGUUUAAAAAAAUCACAACAAUUGAAUGGUCAAGGCAUAACUCUCAUGUUUUGCUAUCAUGUUCUUUCAGAUUUUUGAGGCUUUUUCUUGACCUUUGUUGACCUUUGUUUGGUUAGCUGUUUGUAAGACAUUAUCUAAACUAAAUCGUGAGGUCAAAAUAUUUUCAUUGAGACGAGUCGUGUUUCUGCUGGUUUUUGAAGCCUCAAUUAGCAUGAUGCAGAUGUUAAAGUUGACCAAAUCACAUUAUGCCAUAAAGUUCCCCCACAGAGAAUUUUGACUGUGAUUGCUGAACUAACAUGAGAGUAGGUGUUCUUGAGUUAGAUUUUUAAUGCUUUUGAUCUGCAGAAGAGUCAAUCACCUUGAAAGUUUUUGAAUAUCUUCUGAAAUUUCCAAAAUUCUUUAUCAUCUUACUGACCUUUAAUUAUGUCACUCCAUUAAGCCAUGUAGGCCGCAAAAUCACCUCCAUCACUUACGAUGUUGAUAGUGUUCAAAUCCAGCUUGACACCGAUGAGCGCUAGAGGUCUGCAUGAAAGCAGGCACAAAAUUGAAGCCCAAAGCUGACCGUACCUAUGACCUUGACACCCAAUCCUAACCCCAACCCACCCAAAUACUACUGUUUAAUUUGGAACCCAAAUCAAACCCAAACCCACUGACGUGGAAUAUUUCGGACAUAGUUUUACAGUGACUUUCCUACUGCUAUGUUGCAUAUCUAAUAUUCACUAGCAGUAUUUUUCAUCGUAAAAACUGAUGGUACCUGGGAGAGAACAGCCUCCACUCUCCUCUGACCAACUCUUCACCUCGCUGUGCUGAAGUUCCUCAUGCUACUGCUGUUGGCAUAUUCCCUAAAAUACGAAAACAUAUGCUACCCAAGCCCAACGUUAUUCAUGAAAAAAUACAAAAAUCCCAGUCCAAAACCUGACAUUUUGCCAGGCUCCAUCAUUCUGGGGUCAGGUAGCAGAUCUCUAAUAAGAUUUUGCAUUGUGUGCUUAGGUUUUUUUUUUUUGGUGGUGAUUUUGAGUUGAGUUGAGUUGGCUUGAGUUAUGUCAUGCUGUAUGGACCCUACCGCUUUUGUUUUUCUUAGCAAAAUUAGUUUCUUGUGUCUUAAGUAAAUCUACAAAAUCUUGUUUUAGAAUGUGGUUUGGGUUGAACUAUUACUUUAAAGCAGGGUCUCAAUCUACUGUCCUGCUGGCUGUGGGACAGCUUCACAUUCAUCAUAUAUUUACAAUUUAUCCCUAAAUCUGGCCUGCAAAUCUUUAGUUUCCUCUUUUUCUGUGGCUAAAUAUUAACGUCUGACAGAUUGGUUUCACCCACCAGACGCAGUGGCUGGUGAGUGAUCCAACAUAAACUAUUUAAAUCAGCGUAGACUGAUGAUUACAGUGUUAAAAUAGAGCAGAAAUAGAGUGCUGCAUGCAAGUGGAACCAUUCAAAUGUAAAACUGAAGCAGCUUGAACAUGCUGAGCGGCCUGUCUGUAAUUGAAUUAUAAAUAAUAGUAAACAUUUAACGGUAAUUCUACUGUUAAAUGUUGACAUGGUUCAAUUUACUACUAUUAUUAUUAUUAAUAAUAAUUUUUUUUGCUGUGUUAGAAGUAGUCGUGUUUUGUGUUGACAGACAAAGUGCUAAUAAACACAGAUUAAGAUGCACUUAAAUGAGCAUACACGCUACAAAGAUACGAUUCUUACCUGAAAGAAUUACAGGACACUUUUCCCUGCAUUUUUCCCAACUGACCCACUCUGGCUAGUGUCCCCCAGGUCAUUUGUGUUUGAGACCGCUGCUUCAACCACUGAAAAACCUCAAAGACACAUGGCAACUAAUGCAGGUGACUACUGGCAAUCACACUUUCUCAACCCCUCAGUAACAGUUUAUUUUUAGUUUUUAUGAUCACAGUUUUAGGUUUGACAGAUUGAAACAUUUUGUAUUGUAAAAGCUUUUACCUGCGACCGUUUCUGUCAAGCUGUGAGGAUGUGUGAUGAUUCAUCUCCCACUGCCUCAGGGAGAAACUGUUUUGUCAAGCCUUGAAAGAGAUUGAGAGAGAGAGAGAGAGAGAGAGAGAGAGAGAAAGCUAUCAUCUCUUAAUGGUGCUUGGCCCCAUAUAAGCCACAUCAAGCAGGCCCGCUGACAUGCCGCUACCCUCAGUCGCCGGGUAGCAGCCUGUGCCCACAAUUAGCUUCUCAAAAUGGUGUAGAUGGUUCAGUAGGGAAUAAAGGAGGCGAGGACUCUAGAAAGAGAGAGAGGAGCUCAUCCAGCUGGUGCUAUGCCAUGGACGUGACAGAUGCCAAAAGGGCUCCUGGGUAAAGCGCUCAGUGGUAGAGGUGCCUCAGAUCCACCACGAGCUACUCUUAAGGUCGUAAGGGUAAAAAUGCCUGGAGAAGCUUAUAAGAAACAGCCCAAGAGACUCAACAUUUGCCGUUUGCUUUUUUUGUGUUCACUACAGUUUGAAGGAGGUUUUUUUUAGUACCAGGUGCGUGUCCUGUUUUCCAAAGAAGGCUGCAACAGCUGACUGGAACAGGCACUGCAAAACCUCUCCGCCUCGAAAGAAAAGGGCCAAGUCUUUCCUUUAUACUGCUUUUCUCUGAAUCCAGCGUGUCUUGCGCUUAUCUCUCUCUUCCUCUCAAUGUCCCUCUCUCAGUUCCCCUACUAGAGAUUACACUUCCCCCUUUGCUUUCCCUGCCUUCAGCUCUUUCUUUCAAAGUCUUUCUCACUGCCUUUAUCCUGCUUGUCAAUGACGAGGACAUGUGCAAGGUGACGGAAAAAGCCAAUAGUCUCCAUAUCUGGACAGUUUAUCUUCGUUGCUUAAUUAAUGUCAAGGUUCUUCGCUCAACCUCUUGUCCCUUUUUGACAGGAUAGCACUACAGACAAAGAGGACUGAGCGGAGCUCCGUAUUGCUCUGGCUAAUAGGUAUCAGCGCGCCACUUGUUUUGAACCCUGAGUUUGUUCAGGGAACAAAAAUAGGGCAUGACUGAGCAUGACUUACAUUAGAAUUACUUCCAAAGCAGAGGGUAUUAAUACCAGCCGUGUGAAUCAAACCUAAGGCCAAGAGUGAAAUAAAUAAAUAAAUAAUAAAUGAAUAGGAAUCUAUCAAAUGUGACCGCUACACUUUCUGAAAUAUACAGUCAUAAGUUUGAACACUCCAGUCAAAUUCCAUUUUGUUGCUUUUUAAGUGAACAAGUUAUCUUAUACAAGAAACUUAAAUAUGGUAGUUUUCUUCAAAUUCAAGUUCAACAUACUGGAAAACAUAAAUUGUUCCAUUUUUCCGUUUUCCCAGUAAGGAAUUGUGAAACAGCAAUUGUGCAUUAAAAAUGAGAAAGGAUAAAAAAAAAUAAAGAAACAUGUUAUUUGACCAGAGACGUGCAAACUUUAGCUUAGGUGCCCACAAGCACUCUUGGAGGUAAUCCCAUAAAAGAACCAUUUUUGGUUCUCUAAUGAGUGAGUGAUUUCAACUGAACUUGCAAUGUAACUCACUCACUCAUGUUUAGCAGGCCGCAAAUGCUCCACAAGGGGGCCAUGAACAAUCAAACACCUGUUGAUGCUUCAAAAGAGCCUCACAUCAAUGACACUUUGUAUCCUUGUAUAAAGAGCUACUAAACAAAUGCAUAUAAUUGCAAAUGCAACACUAUAAAUGCAUUUUUGAUUAAAAAAACAAAUCCAGGAUUUUUCCUAGAAAAAUAUCACACUGCUACAGACAAAUGACAGGUACUAAUGCAGGUACUAAUGUGGCAAGUCAGUUUCACAACCUGUCCUUUUAAGAAUGUAGUCACUGACACUGAUAACCGUUCAUUUUACCUAUCUAAACUUCUAAUUUACCUUGCCUUUGUAUUGCUGCUUACAAAGAGCUUUGUACUCCACAUGCAGCCAGAAAGGCCAGUCAAACAGCUAACAAUGUGCUGGCCUAAUAGCGACUCUUAAUUAUGAAAAUUAGUCUCUAAACUGAGGUUGUUCGCAGCUGUGUGUUGGCAAGGGUUCUUGAGAGUUCUAAGAGGCAGCUGGGGUAUUCCUGAGGCAACUCUUCUGACUAAUUGCCACAGAGCAGCCAAAGUCCCAGAGGUUCUCCACAACCCAGCUAGCUCUGCAACCCAGCUAGGUUUCUGGAACAUAGCCCCAUUUAAGCAGUACCUGUCUCCCAUGUUUACCACCAAACAGGAUUUAAUUUCCUGUGAAAAUGUGACAAAAAAUAAUACAUACACAUCAUCCCUGUCAACAGCCUAUGUUUAAACAAGCAUUACCUUGCAGUGUCUGUCAGGAGGGAAAGAAUGCACUUCACACUCAGAAGCACACGUUGUGUGGAGUUAACCUUGCCCUUUUCGUAUUUACAUUGUUGUAUGAGUUUGAAAAGGAGGGCAGGAGUGAGGUAGGAGCCAGAUCAGAGCAGAGGGAAUAGCAGUGACCUCUAUUUAAUCUAGACUCCACGUUAGCAUUGAGCAUCCAUCAUCUCCUGCCGACUACGCCACUUGGUAUGAGCAGAGUGCGGAGCGUAUCUCAUUCGCGCCGCGUUAUCUUUGUCCAGGGGAAAUGUUUCUGAUUGGAUGGUUUAAGAAAAGGGGGAUUAGCAUAACGAGGAAGCGAGUUUGGCCCCCCGUGGCAGAGACUGUUCCAGACACAGCUGCUUAGCAUACUUAGCACGACCCACUGCUAUUCCUUUCUUUCUGACAUGUAGGUCUACCUGUGCUUCUGCAGUUUGCCCUCUUCUUAAAGGAAGGCCCGUUUUGUGACAGAUAAACCUGGCAAACAAAUUGAGUCUGGCUCCUUCAUUUAUUACAAAUGGCUUCUGCAUGCAGACGGCAUGUUGGAUGUUUGCUCUCUUGGAACUGAAGCAGCAGUGGCGGACGGGAUGGGUCACCGGAUCACCAGGUGUGAGGGUGGUCAAUUAAAGCACUGAUUUUUUUUCAUUCUGCUUUUGGAGAAAUCUUGUAGAUUUUUUGUUGUAGUCCCAUAUGCCUGUGUACUGUUUGUAAUAAUGUUAAUGUUAAUGUUGAUUGAAUAAGGUGAUCCUACUUAAUUCAAUUUCAGUGGUUUUCUAUUCUAAACAAGUGGCAUAACUCAGACCUUAUAGGACAAAAAAGGGCCCCCACUAUACAAAAAUAAUGUAAUUUGCUAGUUUUCCCACUAUUACUAUGUUUCGAUUAAGGUGGUGCUCUGGUGUAAGCUAUUGAUUCACAUAUAUUACCAAGAUAUCCUAAUUGCUCAUGCAUCAUGGACAGAAGUAUUUAUGCAAGGGCUCCAGGAAAGAUGUGGGCCUGGUUGCCAUGCAUUACAGGCCACUAGUUACUCUUAUUAUGUCCAGUACACAGUGUUAUUAUGUCCUUCCACUUUUUCAAACUCCUGAGCAAAUUAAGCCUCGGCAACUAAUUCCUGAGUGACAGCGACAGUCCAGUUCAAGCUUUAGUGACUCAUGGAUUCUGUCCAUAUACCAGCAGCCACUCUCAUGUGAGAAGUUCACCACCACUCCCUAGCUCUGUGAUGUACAUACUCUGUGGGUUUUUUCUUUCUUCUUUCAUUUCCGUUCAUUUCCUUUAUUUUUCUAAUGAACUCUGGAUGUGUUUGUUGCUUAGAGUUAUGGAUCUCAGUCACACAGACUCACUCUCCAUCUAGAAGUAGUGCAGCCGGGGAAGGGAGACAUUUAACACUUGCUUACAGUCUUACCGUAAAAACAUAAAGGUUCCUAGAAAGUUCCUGAAGAAAGACUCUUCAAACAACCAUCCAUUGAAAAGUUUAGGGUUCUUCUAUGGCAUCGCUUCAAAGAACCCUUUCAGGCACCGUCAUUUUUUAGAGUCUAUAGGACAUCUUGAUAGAAACCAGCUCUGUUACCUCUCCAUAAUGCUCUCAGAGUUUUCCCCCAACUAGUAUAAUUUCCAGUCAAUAGCUACUGCAGCGUUGAGUCAGACUGUGUGAAUGUGAUCCACAUGUAUUGAUCAAUAUUUAUAGGUGUUCUUAUGAAUUUAGUCCUGUCAUUGUAUUUUAUUCUUUGCCUAACAAACGAUCAAUUAAAAACAUUGGAUCGGA